AUUUCUCCCCGCCCAUCCCUGCCUUGUAUUGGCCGAGCUGUAAAUUACUCACUGCAGUCUGUUCGGUGGCUAACAUUCAUCGUAGCGAACCACACCAGAUAUUAUUUCCGUUGUUGUCAUCGCUGUGGAUUGACAGAGGUAGUUGUUCUGCUGUGAUGCCAGUGACAGAGCACAUAUCUUCAGAUCCCAUAGUUGACCCGUGAGGGUUCAUCACCCACAGCCAUCAUGGAAGACUUUUCUGCUGCCAGAUGGGGUCUGAAUGUAUCCCACAAUGCCUCACCUUCCCCUCCCAGUAUGUCCAUUGACAGGCUCUUCCCAGCGCUCCUGGAGUGCUUUGGUAUCAUUCUAUGUGGCUACAUCGCUGGGAGGGCAAACAUAAUCACAUCCACGCAGGCCAGGGGUCUGGGGAACUUUGUGUCCAAGUUCGCAUUGCCUGCCCUGCUAUUCAAGAACAUGGUGCUGCUGGACUUCGGCAACGUAAUCUGGUCUUUCCUGUGGAGCAUCCUUAUUGCCAAGGUGACAGUGUUUGUCAUAGUCUGCUCUCUGACGCUGCUGGUCACUGGCUCAGAGACUCGCUUCGGCAAGGCGGGCCUCUUCUCCAUCUUUGCCACUCAAAGCAAUGACUUUGCACUGGGUUACCCCAUAGUGGAGGCUCUAUACAAGAACACCUACCCAGAGUACCUGCAGUACAUCUACCUGGUGGCACCAGUGUCCCUCAUGAUCCUGAACCCCAUCGGGUUUGCCUUCUGUGAGAUCCAGAAGUGGCGUGAGAGUUCGGACCAGCGGCGAAACAAGAUGCAGAUCGUGGGCCUGGUGGUUCUGCAGGUUUUGAAGAACCCCAUAGUGUUCAUGGUGAUCGUUGGCAUUGUCUCUCACUUCCUCCUGGGCCAGAGGGUACCCACCUUCAUGGAGGAGUUUGUGGAUGGUCUCGCCAAUUCCUUUGGAGGGGCGGCACUGUUCUACUUGGGCCUGUCCAUGGUGGGCCAACUGGGGAAGCUGACCCGGUCCACUGUCAUUGCUCUGAUCCUGCUCAUCACUGCCAAGCUGUUGGUGAUGCCGCUAAUCUGCAGGGACAUGGUGGAGCUGCUGGAUACAGACAACACCAGCUCCCUCAACCACAGCAGCCUCUCCAACUUUGCCUUUAUCUACGGAGUCUUCCCCACGGCUCCCAGCGUGGCCAUCUAUGCAGCCCAGUACAAUAUGGAGCUAGAAGUUGUUACCUCAGGGAUGGUAAUAAGCACGUUUCUUUCCGCUCCAAUCAUGUAUGUUUCCGCCUGGCUGCUGACAAUCCCAUGGAUGGACCCAAAGCCAUUAGCAUCUGCACUGCAGAAUGUUGGCUUCAACGUCAGCGUUGUCAGCUUAGUGGCUGUGGUGUGGACUGUCAGCGUCAUGCUCUUGAGUAAGAAGUACAGAAGAUUGCCGCAUGUGUUCACCUUGAACCUAUUUCUGGCACAGUUUCUUGUUUGUGUCAGUAUGAUUCUGUGGAACUUCAUUGUGGAGCAAGACAACUCUAUCGGACAAAUAUUGACCUUUGGUCUGCUGUAUGGCUCAAUUUACAGCACCUAUGUGUGGACAGGUCUGAUUGCAUUCUCCCUUGCACUGAUGAAGAGGGACAAUGAACUGAAGGUUCAGCCAGUGUUCUUCAUGGCUGUGGGCUGGGGAGUUCCUGUGCUGGUUGUGGGAGUCCUCCUUAUUGCUGGAGAGAAGACAUCUGACAGCAUCGACUCUGCCUUCUUCUAUGGAAGGCCCCAGGUGAUCAGCACUGCAGUAGUGCUCGCCUGCAGUAUCCUGCUGGGGGGCUGCUCUCUGAUGGGCCUCAGCCGGGGCUCCCAGGAAAGCAGCUACCAGGCCUUGGACCAAGGCUUUGUGUCCGGCACCAGCGAGGACCCGAGGCCCCAGAACAGCUCAGAGAACCAGGCCACGCCAGAGGCCACAGCCACAGGGACCAGCGAUCCUAGAGAGUGCCAUUCUUGUGACUGUGUUCAGCCUGAACCCAUGCCUGAAAUGAUUGUAAGCACCAACGUAAGCGACCUAGCAUCCAUAAACGCAGAUCCGUGUGGGGAGGGCUGUCAGUCUCCUCGCUGCCUUCUGACCCCUGAGGAGGAGCCGAGGUCUGACAGACAGGUGGCCCGACACGUGCUGUUGUGCCUGCUCCUCACUGUCUGCCAGCUGGCUAAUCUGUCCAGCUGCCUGUGGUGGCUGUUUGACCGUGUCCCUGGGAGACUGUACUUGGAGCUGCAGUUUUUCUGUGUUGUGGUCAAUUAUGGGCAGGGCUUCAUUUCAUUUGGAAUCUUUGGACUGGAUAAGCAUUUGAUAAUCCUACCAUUCAAGAAGAGGUUACUGAGUCUUUGGCAAGGCAGGGAGCGGGUGGAGGAGCCACAGGUAGCUGUUCCUGAAGAGAUUCGCCUGACCUGCACCCAGUUUGUGCGGUACCACAAGGACCAGUGCGUGCAGGACAUUGUGAAGAAGAGGAGUCAGGAGUGAAAUCACUUUCCUCUCCGUAUCAAAACAGCUAUCUCUAAUAGCCUAUUAAUCUUGUGCUUGGGUAUGGCUUUCUUGCUUUUCCUGUUCACACGAUACAAACCGUCUCAUCUUUCCUGAUUGGCCCUGAGAAAUAAAUACAUUCAAACAUACAGGAUUUAUAUACAGGAAUGCCCCUAUAUUACAAGCAGGGCUGGAGUCGAAACCAGCUCAGACAUAUCCAAUUCCAAGCAGAGACAGUGGUAAUUAAACUCUACUGUAAGUCAAGACCAAGACCAAGAGGGUGAAGAGAAUUCGACAACUAGACUUGAGCAGUUUUAUUCCAAUUCAAGACCAAGACCAUAACAUAGUGUUUUUUGAAUGAAUAACACCAUAUUGCCCAAAACAUAAAUCUUCUAGGAGUUCAGUAAGCACUAAAUUAAUUUCUUAUCAAAUUAUUAUGACACGUCUACAUGACACAGUCUAUAAAUGACUGAUAUUAAGACUUUUUUACACACAUUGUUGCUUUGUCGACAUUUCUCUCUAUAGACUUUUACUGUUUUGUACAUAUAUUUCAAAUAUUAACUGUUUUUGUAUUAAAUAUUUUAGAGAAACAGCUGCCAUUGUUCAUUGGAAGACUAUGCCGGACACAGAAUAAGUAAAAGAUGCCUGCCAAAUAUCUAUAGAUAGCUGUCAUUUCACUAGAACGAGUUGACAAGCUAGCUGUUUAUGUUUAAAUAUAAAAGCAUGCUUAAACACUUUCUGACCUAAUGCAGUUCACUCCAAUCCAUUGAAAACCAAUAUUGGAAAUCUUAUGUCUGAUAAGUGAAAUAAAUACAAGAAAGAUAGUGUAUCGUUUAGUGGCCCAGAGUUCCGACAGGUCACUGGAUAGUAUUUCCUGGUUAUCUUUACUUACAGCUUCAUGCCAAUCUAAAAUAUUCUCUGAGAAUAUAGUGAAAUCUGGUAAGAGCACAGCAAAAAUGUUAUGGACAAGGGGAUGGCAUGGGACUUGCGUAACACAACGAAAGAAAGUACCAAAAAACAAGAAAAUGCUUGUUCUCCAUAAAGGCAUAGUAUGUAGGAUUUUAAAGCCUUGUUGUGGUCCUGUGUUUACAAUGAAAGAAGUCUCCUCCUCUCCACCCAUUCACCCCGACAAUGUCAUGUAACAUAGCUAACUGGAAUAGCUAGAAGUAAUGUUAGUACCGUGAAAUACCGUAAUAUUGCUUUCAUUGUUGGAAGUUUUAUUUUAAAAUUUCAGACCCUCGCACAAGUCCUUAUUGUUGCUAGCUUCACACUGCAGGUAGCGCUACUUACAGGGUCAACAGAAAACAAGACAACUCCGUCUCACUUUUCAUCCCAUUGGCAAACUAUACCAUCAAGGAAAAGCAAUUCCAUCUCCAUACUGCCAUCAAAAAACAAAGUCUUGAUGGUAUGAAUAUACAUAACCACACCGCAAGUGAAAAUGGUCUGGCGAAUCGACUCAAGAAAUCAAGGAAGAGCGAAAAGCAUCAUUUUGGGGGGGAUUGCACACAUAGACCGGGGGAAAAGAAUGCAAUCUCGGACUGGCAGAGGAGAGAUUGCGAAUGUGGACCGGAGGUUCAGAGCAUGAUCGCGGUCCCCUGGUUGAAAACCCUGGGGUUAAACUAUUAAUAAAACUUGAAUGGUCUUCAACCCUACACGCUCUGUUUGCACUCCCUGCCAUCUGGAUGAAUGGUUCUCGCUCAUCCCGACCAAGGAGCUUCUCCACCCUAGCUCCCCAGUGGUGGAAUGAACUCCACAUUCCUCUAUGAAUCAUUCUGUCAUUGUCCAUCUUCUGUCAUGGUCUGAAGACACAUUGCUUCAGACUGUACCUGGACUAACUAUCCCUACUCCACAGGGCACUCCCAGUCUAGCAUCGCUGUCAUCACUUGUAUCCUGUCUUGUUCUUGUAGCACUUUCAUGUUACACUUGUGCCUUCAUCCACCACCUAUAUUUCACUUAUAUUGUUAUCUUGAUGUUGUAGCUCGUUGUCAUGCCUCCUAGUUUAACUUGUCAUAACUUGACCUAGCCAAUGCCUGCUGUGUGACCUAGACUUAAAGUGUUGAUGGCUAUGUUGUUGCAGUGACCUUGACCUUGGAUAAAUUUCCCUGGAUCAGCCCAUGACCAGUGCUUGGAGAUGAUGAACGUACAUACUCAAUAAUUGUUCCUCGGUAUCCGUCUAGUUGGAUGGUGAGGACCUGCUCCCACUGAAUUUUC